CGUUUUGUCCUGACGGGGCCCUUCUGUUUACUACCUCACACAUGCUUAUCUUAGGUCUGGCCGGGGCUCUUAUGUAAUGCACCCGCACGUCGAGACCUCGCGUCACAGGAUUCCUCGACGGUACACUGCAGAUCACUGCACUGUACACAAGACCUGCCGACUGCACCGCGAACACAAUGUCCUCACAUUCGGCGGCGGUCACGUUUUCUCGGCUCGCUGCUCGUGCUGACCAAUCAAAGGCCGGCGAAUCUGGCCGGUGGGGCGGGCGUAUCAGCCCGAGCGUGUGACGUGUGUCCUACUCCAGACACCGCCACGCCCCGAACUACCAAAUAUGGCGGUGUGACUGUAUCGAGCGUCCGGCGCUUGCAGCUUGCAUUUGUCGCCGCACAUGAACCGCGGGUGAGUGACUGAAAGCCCGCGGGUGAGUCGGCGGUCGACUCUCCGUGUCAGCGCUCGAAAGGGACGUUAAAACCGCGACUGCCGGCCGGUAGCCACAUGUGACCCAGCAGACAGGGGCGGGGCUCCGUGUCUCGUGCGCGCUACCGUGGAACACACGCUCCCAGUCGACGUCGCUGGUUCCACACAACAGGAGAAGAAGUCGACGAGACAGCGGAGACACCUCGAGCCGCUGGAACACCGCCAAGGACAAACCCUUGAUGUGCUGAUGUCGUUUUUGUGAGACCCCAUCGAGCCAAGGACCUUGUCGGUACAGCAGCAAAGAUGAGCACCAAGAGGAAAGCAGAGAGCCACUCAAGGGCAGCAAACAGACCACACACCACGAAGUCUGGAAACUCCCGGACUGAUUCAGAGAGAGACUCCGGAUUCUCAGAUGCAAGCUCAGAGCAUAUGAGCUCAAGGGACGCCACAGACUUGGAGGAUUCACCCCGCCCUGUUGUGCAGCAGGGACCACAGGGUUCUGGCCUGGGGCCUCAGCGCUCUCAGCUGGCUGUGGUGGGAGGCUCCUACUCCAACCUUUCUCCCAUGAUCAUCAUGAACAAUGUCCUCCUGAAGCAGCCUUCAGACAACCCUCCUGCGCUUAAGCCCUGGGGGGUUUGUCCCACAGUGGAGGUGGUUCAGCCAGUGGUCCAGCAACCUCAGGUGGUCUUCCUCCAGCCCGUGGUCUCUCGUCAAGCUUCCCCUGCCUCCAAAGAGACCCCCUCCAGACACAAACGCCCUAAGAAAUAUCUUCCAAUCCUGAAAUCCUACCCCAAGAUUGCUCCACACCCUGGAGACAGCCCCACUUCCUCAGGGAGAGGAACUGCUUCCUCAUCUUCGUCCACUUCCUCCUCCUCCUCCUCUUCCUCUUAUUCAUAUUCCUCGUCCUCUUCUGCAGGGUCAAAGAGGGGUAGCAGUUUGACCUCAAAUCACCGUGAACACUGUCACAGAGAGAAACUGUCAAGAAGCCUGUGUGGUAGUGUUAGUAAGACUGGCUCCACCACUUCUAGUCUACCUGAUGCCCCCAGCACCAUGUCCCCUCUACUCCAGAACCGACUUUCUGUCCCCACAACAGAAGCCAGCUGCAGCGCCAGCAGUAGUCCUGCCAGGGAAAGGUCUUCAUCGGCUUUCAGCCAGUCAGAGUUUACUGCCUCCCUAUAUUUCACUGAGACCACUGGUUCCAAGAACCAGAUACUCCCCUUUCCCCAGAUGGGCACCAAGGAGAACAUUUCACUUGGAGAAAGUGAUACCAGCGACAGUGAUCCCGAUGCGCGGAAGAAGCGCUUCUGCAACACCUACAACAUCCUGAGCAAAUCUGGCCUGCUAGACAUCACUCUUCGUACCAAGGAGCUCCUCAGGCAGAACCGACACACCCAGAACGACCUGGACCACCUAAAAGAACAGACAGACCUGUUCCUCCAGGCUGUGAAGAGCGGCGACACAAGCAUCUGUGUUAAGCUGCAGUCUAGUCUUCAGGAGGAAGACAGAGAGAGAGCUGCUCAGGCCAGCUUAAAGGCAUAUUAGACCUAGGCUGGUGCGAGACAGUAUACCUGAGAUGGGGAAGGGAAGGCCAGGGUCAGGGGUUUGGAGCCUGCAUAGACAGAUGGGCUGAGAGUAAUGUGCUCCACAAUACAAACCCACCCCAGAUUCUCUCACACAGACAGUGUGCAGUGGCCUACAUUUUGGAUGCUGCCUGCCUUAGGGCUGUGACACACCAAGCCAACAUCAGACAAUUGGUGCAGAGAAAGACUUUUUGUGGCCUCAUGUCUUCUGUUAAAAGAUGCUCUGGAACUCGAUUCAACAAUAAAUACACACAAAAGCUACAAAAGUCUCCUUAAAAAGUGGCCUGUAAAUGUUGCAUUGCUGUACCUGACGGUGUUGGUCUCUGGUGUUUAGGUUGUGGAAAGAGAAAAGAUGGAGGUGAAUUGUCACUCACCGAGGCCUAUUGGUCCGACGGCUAUCGGUUAGAGACAGUGCAAAACUCUGGGUGGUGUUCACUGCCUGGUCACCAACGGUCGACUUGAUGUGUCAGGGAACAAAGGUUCAACGGGACAGAACCACUGCUCUGUCACGAUGAGUCUGACCAGAACUCCUCCCAUGAAACUGGUUCUCUGCUGCAGAGAAACUAAGUUGCUCUUUGGCAAUCGAGACCUGACACCCCGCGAGUGGUUUGGAUCUAAGGCACGAAGGAAAGAACGAAUGCAAAACCUUUUUAACCUUUUUUUUAUACCAAAUACAGAAGACAGGCUCAGAAUCUGAAGACUGGAUGUUUCAACUUAAACAGCACACGACGAGGUGUUUUCAUCUAAAACUACAAACACUAUGACAACAGAAUCCAUGAGAUUGACAUUUCUGUUGAUUUAACAGUUUAACGUAAUCCAUGUAAUUCUUUACUCUUGCAUGUUGGUUUACUGAGACCUAGUUAACAGCAAGUGUUUUCAUAAACAAAAUUGCUCAAUGCAGAAGUCAUCAAUUCUGUAAAAUCUCUCAUUAUGACAGGCUUAAGGAGUGAACGUGUUCGGGCGUCUUGUCAGUCGGCAUCUUCAAACGGUCAAACGUGCCUAGAGUGUCCUUCGGUUCCCGCUGUGUUGUAAAACGGGAAGUGAAAGAUUUAGCACAGCCCGUGACGGUUUUAAGUUCAGCAUUCCCAUCAUGUUGAUGGAAGUACAGCUCCUGGCAUCAUGCCAAUGGUGCUUCCUGAAGCUCAUAAAUUUUGACUUCUGUAAGAAUUCCUUCAUUAUUGUGUGUGUGUGUGUGUGUGUGUGUGUGUGUGUGUGUGUGUGUGUGUGUGUGUGUGUGUGUGUGUGUGUGUGUGUGUGUGUGUGUGUGUGUGUGUGUGUGUGUGUGUGUGUGUGUGUGUGUGUGUGUGUGUGUGUGUGUGUGUGUGUGUGUGUGUGUGUGUGUGUAAUUUAAUGUGAAAUGUAUGAAAUAUUUGUGUCUACUAAGACAAUCAUCAAGUCCGGUUUCUUGAUGAAAACAAGUUGUCGUGUAUAGUUGAGUGUCUAUGACUAUGACGUUUUUGUAUGUUUGUAAAUUAUGGCCUUAAUCUCGAAAUCCUGUUUAUGUCACAGAAAUUUGCACUAAAAUGAUGUAAGAGGCACUCUGAAUUCGUUUCUGUGCAGAAUCAACUGGCAGCUAUGUUCAAUCAUUCAAGGAAGAGGUUUUGUUUGGUUCUUCUUUUUUGAGGUGCAUUGUGGGUCAUCAUAAGCACCCUGCCAGUAAAUACAUACUUCUGUAGUACAACCAUGCAUAAAAUGUAUGUUAUCAGCUUUUAUCAUUACUAGUGUUUUUUAAAAGGGUUUAUCAUAGUUUGGUUAUUUAACAAAGAAAAUAUUUAAUGAUAAUGUAUGUGCUGUGCUUAUGUUGAUUUAAAAUGACUCAAGGGAAUAUUUCUAUUCUGCUAUGUACAUCUGAACAUAAAUACAGUUUAAGUUUUGAACUUUGUGUUUUCUGUGAGGGGGUCUUUGUCACAACACAAAAAAACUGAAAUAUGGCCGAUAAAAUAAACCGUAGAGCGACUAGAGCCCA